AGUCUCCCACAAUCUUCCAGUUCUUACCCAGCGUCAGAUCAUUACUAAUUACUUUCUUAAAAAUAUGAAAUAUGCCAGAAUAAAAAUCUAUAUAUGUUUGUCUAUUUUUAUAACUCCUCAGUCCUCUGGGUUCCUCUCAUGGAGGGAGUCUGCAUGCCUUUCACUGCCACAGCCACAGCCCAAGUGCAUACACUUCCUGAGGAAGGGUGCAGGGGCCGGGGCUGCUAGCGCCUUCACAGGUGCAUGGCAGGCGGGCCAUCCCGUGUCCCUGCAGGGGGACCCCGCAGCCUGGCGGAUGAGCAGAUACCGCGGCCACCCGUGUCCUCAGCAUUAUUUCUGACGUCUUGCUCUUCUGUGAGGACCAGCGCUUUCUCUCUUUGCACGGCCUUCCUAAUCACCAUUAAGGCAUGUUCUGUGCCAUAAAGAAUACAUUCAAAGAAUUGAGGGACUUUUUUGAGAGUUCUGAGGCUUUGGCCUGACGGGUGAGUGGCUGUGCUGAUGCCUGCGCGCCGGAGGGCCGGGGGGAGCGAGCACACUUCUUGGCCCCUUCUUGCUCUUGGGCUGCUCACCAGCUGUGAUGAGCAGCACUGCCGUGGGCGUGACACACUGCUUUGGAUGGUGGGCUCAUGGCCACUUGGUGUCUUCAGCAAAGAGAAAAGGCAGAGUUUAGCACCCCUGCCCUCUCCAUUCAAUGGAAAAGGUUGCAGCCUGAACAGUGUGCAGAAUCCCUGGGGCUCUGACGCUGGAGAGAAAGUACAGGCCAGUGCCCUUCCCAGCUACACCCGAAACCUCAGACGAGACGUUUCCGAGCACCAGCACUUCAGCUCAUGGCAUAAAGCGAAACAGGAGCUUGGCGCAGCGUCAGCUCUAACUCUGAACACUGGCAGACACCGUCUCGCUCCUGCGGAGGAGCGCUUCCGUCUCUCACAGGUGCCUUACCGCGCGCCCUCCCACUGCUUUCGUCUUGCUGACCUAAUAAUGACAGGAAGUGGAAAGUCUGGGCCAGAGUAAAUAAAAUGAAACCAAAAAUAAGAUGAGGAAAUCAAAUGAAUAUGAGAACAUCUUGUUCUUCAGUGUCACGGGUUUUUGCUAAUGUUUCGUAAGUAAUUUUCCCCACUUGAUUUUUCUUCUAUAAAAUCCCUAGAACAAUGUUUAUGCUACAGCCAUUUAAUAUAUGUACAAAUUGUAAAGAAUAUGUAUAAAUGUUUUACACGAAUAUAAGAGCAUGUAGAAGCCAACGUAUAAAUAAAUUGUUUAAAAAAUACUGUACAGUAAAUUCUCAAAGCACUUUUUCAAAACA